AUGCCGAUGAUGCUGAUUACUCCAAUUUGCGUGUUGCAGUUUUCGGUCUUGUACAUCAUUUGCUUCGCCUCUCCCCAAUAUCUUUUCGCCUCGGGUGAGUGGCUCCUACCCAACUCGGCCUCGAACUCCUUGAGCGUGAUGAAAUCCUUCGCUACAGUGCUGAUGUUGGGCCAGAUCGCCGAGGAGUUCCAUGAGAUCUCCGAGUCCAUCAAGGUCUUGCGCCAGAGCCGUUUGAGUUUCACGAGUCGGCGAAGGCUUUGUUGUUGUUGGCUUUGCAUCUCCCUCCAGUAUCUUUUGGCCUUGAUGGUCAUGGUGACCUCGGGACAAGUGAUCCUGGGACGACAAAAUCCCAUCGAGCCCUUAUGGAUGACCUACUAUGUCUUCAUGACCUUGAGCUUUGACAAUAUGUUGGUGAAGUUCAUCAUGUACGUCCGAACCAUGGAGCGGCACACCAUUUGGAAGGUGGAGGUCUCACAACCUGAGACACCUACCUCUAAGAAGCGCACCAAGCGCUUGGAUGUCGCACAACAGGUGGCGGUGCUUUGGGUGCCCUUGCUCUUGGCCGCCUCAGUGAGCAUUUUCUGUAGGCUCUUCAACGUGCUGCCCAUCACACUCCUUCGCUAUGGCCCUGUGGCGAAUGAGCAGCAGGUGGUCAUGUUCUCCUCCUUGUCUCUUCCUGCAGGCUGCUGCCCCUCCGUGGCCCAAAUCAACACCAGCCGUGCGGACACGGUGAGUGUGAGUGUCCCCUGUUUGUCUCCAGAGGCGCCGGAAGACUGGCCUCAUCGGCCCUUGGUGUAUUGGGUGGCUUCCGCCAGCCACAAGGCGAUGCCCACCAGCCUUCAGGUGCGCGAGGGGCGUACGGGUGAUGGCUCCCGGGCCUUGCUCGCAGGACAUGUGGAAGCGAAGCCCUUGGAGUUGUGGUCCUGGAUGAGUGAUCAUGGUUAUGAGGCCACGGACAUCGACGCCGUGCUCCGGAAGCUCAACGAUGAGACCUUGGGCAUCGGCCUGUACCGGCGCACCUUCGCCUAUGUGGCGGAGAUCCAAGUGCAUCCCUUCCCCUGGUUCGAGGAGGUGGCGAUUUACGCCAUCGCCCGGAACGAUGUCACAGGCGCCUUGAGCCCAAAGGCUGCAGUGUCCAAUGUUAUCCAUGGCAAGAGGUGCCCACCACACUGUGAGAUUUGUGAUCGACAAGGCCAAUGUCGGCAUUGCCAGGAGGGCUUUCAGAAAGACGCGGACUCCACCUGCCGCCCCUGUCCGGAAGGAUGCUUGCGAUGUCCACAGGGCAUCUCACAGUGUACCAAGUGUAAGACAAAUUUUGGUCUUGCACCGUAUGCCUCCAAGAAGAUUUGCUUGCCAUGCGGCUCCAAAAACUGCCAGAGCUGCGAUGGACCAGCGCUGGGGGCAAUACCGCCAAGUGUGUUGCCAUGCAAAACGUGCAACCCCUUCUAUGGCCUUGACCUUGAUGGCCUUUGCCAACGCUGCGAGGAUGAAAACUGCCUCCACUGUGAGGGAGGUUCAGGCUGCACCGCCUGUGCAGGUGGCUUUGUUCUGGACACCACCGGCGGGAAUGUCACUUGCGCUUUGUGCGGACCAGGCUGCCUCUCUUGCACUGACAAGGAGGCGUGCGUGAAGUGUCAGGAUGGCUUCAGGCUCGAGCCAAGCGGCAAAUGCAAGGCCUGUGCACCCAAUUGCCGCGAUUGUGGGGAUUCGCCAGAUUGCAAGCCCGGUGGUUGCUUUGAAGGCUUUGGAUAUGUGCGGAGGAACUGGUUCAGCAAGCCAGAAUGUGAAGCGUGCCGUGUGCAGCAUUGCACAGCCUGUGAUCAUAAUCCACACAUUUGUACCGAGUGUAGCGAGGACUUUGGCGUGACCACCAGCGGGGGUUGCUUUCGUUGUGGCCUCGGAUGUACCAGUUGCAGACUCGCUGGCAGCUGCCUACGAUGCAGCGACGGCUUCGUCUUGCGCGAGCACCAGUGCAAAGCGUGUGCAGAUCGCUGCCGCAAAUGCACCGUCUCCGGCCCGGCACACUGCGAUCAAGAUGGAUGCCACAGUGGAUGGACAGCGGUUCAAGCCACAUGGGAGGAGGCACAGAGCUUCGUGUGUCGACCUUGCUCAGAUCCGGACUGCCCCAAGUGCGACAUCAAGGGUCCAGGGAACUGCGAUGAGGUGCCUGACUGA